UGGACAUGGCAGCCAUUUUAAUGUCAUUGUAAAAGAAGCUCAAAGUUCAACAAAAUUCCAACUUCUCAAUGGCCGCAGAGUCAGGGUGGGACAGGUCAGAAAAACAAGAAUCAAGCAGCAGCAUGAAAACCAUGAAAAAUUUCAACCCACUGCAACAUGGCACUGAAGCCAGGUCCUCCUGUAGUAAUCCACCAUUGCCUGUGUGGGUUACUCACACACCCACGCUGGAUCAUGUAACGGAUGAGAGUGAUGAUGAUGAUGAUAGCAACUCUAUAGCUUACAGAUUCAGCAAUACACCUCACACUGGAAAACAGAAAAAGUACCAAAAAGAGAGCAUGAAGAACAGGCUGAAGUCCCUCUUUCCUCAGUCUUGGGGUAGUGUCAUCCAGAAACAGACAAAGGAAACCAGCAAAUCUGGGAUCCAGAUUCUUCCCAAUGGGACCAGGGUGAGCCCCCCUGUAAGCCCCUUACUGGAGCACAGGAUCUGGAAUCAGUCUCUCAGGACUCCCAGCGAUUCCUCACAUAAGCAGUUGUUGAGAACCAGGCCCACUGAAGAUCCAUUCUGUCAGGGCCUACGAGAACAAUCUCUCCUGAUGAGCAUCCACCCUGCAGAGUAUUACGCCGAGAAGAUGGAGCUUUAUCAGCUGAGGUACUCUUAUUUGAAGUCCUGGCCAGGCUUGCUCAGGCUUUUAGAUGGAUUUCAGCUCUUAUUUGGGGGUGUGGUCUUUGCAUGUGUCAUUGCAUACAUUCAGAAAGACAGCGAGUGGUCCAACAUCUAUGGGCACUAUAAUGGUGUAUAUAACAAUGGACUCGGUCUGUCUGGGUACAGCUAUAGAGGCCCCAUGACUCCUUUCAUUCUAGCUGUAGCUGGAGUGUCCUGGAUCAUUACCCUGUGUCUCUUGGUGAUAGGAAUGACAAUGUAUUAUCACACCAUCCUCCUCAACUCCUCCUGGUGGCCCCUGACAGAGGCCUUCAUCAACAUGGCCCUAUUCCUGCUCUACAUGGCAGCAGGAAUCGUAUACCUGAAUGACUUGAACCGCGGAGGGCUGUGCCUCAUGACAAUAGGCGUUAACCCCAUCAUGGCCAGUCUGUGUCGAGUUGAUGGCGGCCAGAUGGCGGGAACAGUUUUCAUCUUCAUCAAUAUGGCUACAUACCUUGGAAGCUUCCUGGUGUGCCUGAAGAUGUGGAGGCAUGAAGCUGCUCGUAGGGAGAGGGAGUACUUUGAGAAAAAGGAGGAGUUUCAUCAGUCCAUCCCACUAACUCCCCCAAACCCAAAACACAAAUCAUUCAAGGACGAGAUGGAUAAUUCUUUAAAUAAAGAUGCACAUCCCCCCUCUCCUCCUGAGGUCCAUAAGAGCCCAGUCACAGCCUCCAGUUACAUCCCCACAGUCCACACAGUUGCAGAUUACAUCAUGAAGUAUCCAGAGAUCAGCUGUUUAGAGGAAAGGGAAAAGUACAAAGCAGUGUUCAAUGACCAGUACCAGGAAUACAAAGAUCUUCACAGUGACAUCACCAGCACCAUCCGCAAAUUCAGGGAGCUGGAUGCCGUGAUGGAGCAGUUCCUCAGAGAAGGGAAAAACCUGCAGGAUCAGCAAAGGAUUCAAAGCAUUUUGAAGACUUAUCAGCAGAAGAAGAAGGAUCCUGCUUUUCUUGAGAAGAAGGAACGCUGCGACUACUUGAAAGCCAAAUUAAACCACAUUAAGAACAGAAUCAACACUUAUCAGGAGACUGCAGCAAAGAAUGAUUACACCAUGUAUGAACCAAGGUACUACGACAGCCCCCCUGUAUACAGUCCACCUUACAGCACCACCACCCACAGCUUCUAUCCACCACAGAGUGUCCACUCCCCCCGGAGCACGUAUGUCCCUUACCCCCACGAGCUCCCUUUGGACUCCUACUACUUGGAGGGGAAGCCUCAACUCUUCUACCACUGGUUUUCUCCUCCUGGUUUUGUUAAGACCUUCAAAGGAGCCACAGUGCUCAUAUGUUUCAUCAUCUUUGCCUGCGUGGCUUCAACCCUAGUUUGGGACAUGAAUGGAUUAGGGUACGGUGGUUACGGUGUUGGGGAUGCAGGCUCUGUUGGAGGAUUGGGUUCUGGGUAUUAUGGCGGCAGCUAUGGCUACAGCAGCUCCUACAUGACCCCGCAGUCAGCCAAGGCGGCCAUGAUUUCUAUGGCUUCCAUCAACUUCCUGGUUUCUCUGGGGUUCCUGGUGGGAAGCUUCUCACGAUCCCGGAUAAUGCGGGGAUGCAGGUUUUACCUCACCGUGUUCAUCUGUGAUCUCAUCCUAGCUGUCCUUCAGGGCAUUAUUGACAUCAUCUUUGUGAUCGGGGUGAACCCGAUGUCUCAGAGCUCACAGAGCAUGCUGUAUAACCCCAUGCUGAUGAUGUGCCAGAACUUCCAGGGCAAGCCCAGCCUCAGUGGCAGUGUCGGGGCUGGUUUUCCUGGAGGGUUCCCCAUGUAUAACCAAUACCUGCACCACUACUGCUACAUGGACCCUGAGGAGGCAGUUGCGUUCGCGUUGGGUCUGAUGGUGGUGUUGGCUCUAUCCUUCUCUGCUUACUAUGCUUAUAAGACUCGCAGCAAGAUUUGGCACCACGGAAAAGUUAACAUCUGCUGGGAUGAGCCGCUGGUCCGGCCAGCAGAGGGGCAGCAUGUACAGGACUGGGUGAACCACGUUGGAGAGGCUGCCACCGUUGUUGUGUCAGAGAGGGCAGUGCCUGACCUGAGAGCAGAGAACAGCCUGGUUGCCUAUGGCAACGGGACAGUCAGCAUCCACAGUGAGAGAUGUUAUAAAAGCAACAGGACUGGUGCUGGUGUAGAGCCUCUGUACCACAGCAGCUCAGAUGAAAGUGUCAGGAAACCUCCUCCUCAUCACAGGAAGAAGGAUCACUCCACCCCUGCUGCUCAGGGGAUCAUGGAGUCCCAGUAUGAAACUGGUUAUACCACUGGAGACACUGGCAAUGAGCUGGACCAGGACCACACAGAUCACCUGUACAGGCAGUACCCAGUGAUAACGUCAGAGGAGCAGCGCCGUGAAUACAAGAAGGAGUUCAACUCGGAUCUGGCUCGCUAUAAGAGCCUCUGCUCCGAAAUGGAUCAUAUUAGUGACCAGAUGCACAAACUGAGUCGAGAACUGGACACGCUGGACCAGAACUCUAUGAAGUACCAGGGAGUUGCAGAUGAGUACAAACGACUGAAAGACCUGAAGAAGACUCCAGAUUAUCAAGCAAAGAAGAAGCAGAGCAAAGAACUUCGGCAAAAACUUUUCCACAUUAAACGUCUGGUGAAAAUCUACGACCAGGGUAUCUGUUAGUGGGGUGGUCAUCUCUUCCCGUGCCUCGUUUCUCAUUGCAUUAACCUGAGACGAGAGGAAACAAAAGGCAAUUUAAUAAAAAAAGGGGAAUCAUUUCUAACUUUCAUCUUCCUGCCUCUGUCAGAUGAAUGUUAACGGUGUGCUGUGCCACUUUUAAGAUUUCCUUAGAGGAUGUGCAUCCUAGUUUCUGACUAAUCCAGGAAGGCUCUUCUCCAGCUGCAUUUAAAAACAUAGAGACAUCCUUCAAAGAGGCACCUGGAUCGAUUUGUUCAGGAUUGGAGGAUGGAGGACAGACGGGAUGGCCCAAAACUGAUAUCAGAAAAGACUGGACUCAGUACAUACACCCCACUGAGGUCCUUGCAAAUUCUUUUAUUUU